GAUACAGACCAGCCUCUCACACCGGCAGUGUGCCUGUUGGCGCGCGUCUGAGUCGCCUGUGUGUGUGUGUGUGUGUGUGUGUGUGUGUGUGUGUGUGUGUGUGUGUGUGUGUGUGUGUGUGUGUGCGUGUGCGUGCAUGUGCGCGCGCUCGUACUCCGGUUGCACAGCGCCGGUGCUCAGAACGACUCGCGCUUCAGUUCGCUUCAGUUUCGCGUCGCGAUCACGUUCAUCUCCUGCGGUGGUUCCUGUGGCGCGAGCAAAACGGACGUAGGAAGGAUGUCGGGGCGACCGGGAUAUUACCGGCAGGAGCUGAACAAGACGGUGUGGGAGGUCCCCGAGCGCUACCAGAACCUUACCCCAGUGGGCUCGGGCGCCUACGGGUCCGUGUGCUCGGCGUACGACGUGGUGCUACGGGAGAAAGUGGCGGUGAAGAAGCUGUCCAGACCGUUCCAGUCUCUGAUCCACAGUCGGCGCUCCUACAGGGAACUCCGGCUGCUGAAGCACAUGAAGCACGAAAACGUCAUAGGACUCCUGGACGUCUUCACGCCCGGAGCCACGCUAGAAGAGUUCACCGAACUUUACCUUGUGACCAACCUGAUGGGGGCCGACCUCAACAACAUCGUCAAGUUCCAGCGGCUGUCGGACGAGCACGUGCAGUUCCUCAUUUACCAGCUUCUCCGGGGGUUGAAGUAUAUCCAUUCAGCUGGCCUGAUCCACAGAGACCUGAAGCCUAGUAACGUGGCCGUUAACGAAGACUGUGAGCUCCGGAUCCUCGACUUCGGACUGGCCAGACAGACGGACGACGAGAUGACGGGCUAUGUGGCGACGAGAUGGUACCGGGCGCCAGAGAUCAUGCUGAACUGGAUGCACUACAACCAGAACGUGGACAUCUGGUCGGUGGGGUGCAUCAUGGGAGAACUCCUGAAGGGGAAGGUUCUAUUUCCUGGAAACGAUUACAUCGACCAGCUGAAGAGAAUCAUGGAGGUGGUGGGCACGCCCACGCCCGACCCGCAGAAGAUCUCCUCGGAACAUGCUCAGAAGUACAUACAGUCACUGCCUUUCAUGCCCCAACAAGACCUGGAGAAGAUCUUUAGAGGAGCCAACCCCAUGGCCGUGGACCUGCUGAAGCGCAUGCUGGUGCUGGACUGUGACGGCCGGAUUUCGGCCUGCGAGGCGCUGGCCCACCCCUACUUCUCCCAGUACCACGACCCAGAGGACGAGCCAGAAGCCCCGCUCUACGACCAGACGCUGGAGAGCAAGGACCGCACGCUAGAGGAGUGGAAGGAGAUGGUGUUUGAGGAGGUGAUCAACUCUUCAGGGGCCGGCACCAACACAGGCAAUCUACAGGCGGAGCAGUAGGACCCCCCCCCCCCCCCCCCCCCAUCCCCCCUUCCCACCCCCCAACCACCUGUGGACCACCGCCACUCCCCAGCCCAGAAUCAGACGGAGAAGGACCACAGCCCCCAUGUCGCCCCACACAGCAAGACAGUUUUGGGGAGACAUCGUUUUCUGCGAUUAUUUGGCCUUGAACCCCAUCACUCAAACAACCCCCCCCCCCCCCUCCCCCCAUUUUUCAGUUUGUUGGAAUUUGUGCGAGUUGUCCCGUACGUUCCAACAACACCAACCACACCACAACAGAACUGCUGACGGGUCGCUGAGAACGUUUCUGGUCGGUGGAACUACGGCGCGUCCCUGGGGAUCCCCCGGAUGCCUCGAGGGCCCGGAGGCGACGUGGGGAUCCCUGGAGGCCCCUGGAGGCCAGGAACAGCGUUUUAAAAACAACGGUUUACUAACGGCACCAGGCCACCACAAACACACACACACACACUCUAGAGUUUAGAAAACACCUCUAGGUCUUCCAAAGCUACAAGUGAACUUGGCCUAAGCCCCAAAACCUUAACACAGAUGCCGUAAGCAGUCACACACACACACACACACACACACACAACACACACACACACACACACACACACA